GUGUGUUCAGUGUGUUCAGUGUAGUGUGUUCAGUGUGUUCAGUAUAGUGUGUUCAGUGUGCUCAGUGUAGUGUGUUCAGUGUGUUCAGUGUAGUGUGUUCAGUGUAGUGUGUUCGGUGUGCUCAGUGUAGUGAUGAUGCUCGGCUUGGUGCUGGAGUUCAUGCUUGUGCUGAUGAAGGUGAUGUGGGCGAUCGCACUGGCGGCUUUCCGCUGGGUCGCGCGGCCCCGUGAGAAGAGCGUGAGCGGGCAGGUGUGUGUGAUCACGGGCGCGGGCGGGCAGCUGGGACGUCUGUUCGCGCUGGAGUUCGCGCGCCGCCGCGCUGUGCUCGUGUUGUGGGACAUCAACAGCCAGAGCAAUGAAGAGACCGCAGAGCUCGUGAGACAGAUAUACCGGGAACAGGAAACGCACGCGGACAGAGAAGCAGGCGGUGUGGAGGAGGUGCAGCCAUUCAAGCCACAGGUGUACACAUAUGUGUGUGACGUGGGGAAGCGGGAGAGCGUGUACUCCACAGCGGAGCGAGUGAGACGCGAGGUGGGCGACGUGGACCUGCUGAUCAACAAUGCGGGUGUGGUUUCUGGACAGCACCUACUGGAGUGUCCAGACGAGCUCAUCGAGAGGACCAUGGUGGUCAACUGCCACGCGCACUUCUGGACCACCAAGGCUUUUCUUCCCAGGAUGUUGGAGAUGAAUCACGGCCACAUCGUGACCGUCGCCAGCUCACUGGGCCUCUUCAGCACGGCAGGGGUCGAGGAUUACUGCGCCAGCAAGUUCGGAGCCAUCGGCUUCCACGAGUCCCUCAGCCACGAGAUCAAGGCUUCGGAGAAAGAUGGAAUCAAGAUGACACUGGUGUGUCCAUACCUGGUGGACACAGGCAUGUUCAGAGGCUGCAGGAUACGUAAGGAGAUCGAGCCUUUCCUGCCCCCACUGAAGCCGGAGUUCUGUGUGAAGCAGGCAAUGAAAGCCAUCCUGACCGACCAGCCCAUGAUCUGUACACCACGCAUCGUCUACACUGUGAACUUCAUGAAGAGCAUCUUGCCUUUCGAAGCCAUUGUGUGCAUGUACCGGUUCCUGGGUGCCGACAAGUGCAUGUAUCCGUUCCUGGCUCAGAGGAAAGAGGCCAUGAACAACAACGAGGCAAAGAACGGGAUCUAAACAACUGGCUUCACGAAACGACGAGGAUACGACCACUGAUAGAGAGAGAAAGCAACCGAGAGACUGGGAGAGAGUUUAGACUGGUGCACUUGCAUUAAGCAGAUGCAAACGUUUACCAUAUUGUUCCUCUGGAACUAAGAGCGCUGUGGACUACGCUGAGGAUUUCCUCUUUGUGUUUGUUUGUUUAGUUCGUUUGAAAGCAAAGCGAGUUUCUAUAUACCGCGUCAUUAGGCCUGAAAUCAUAUGUGAGGUAUUCAGUAAUUAUUUACAUCAUGUAGUCACCAGCAUUAUUUAGCGUCUUUGCGAAAUAUACAGUAUGUUACUGUACGGGCAGUAAGAAACCCCCCUAUGUCACUUUGUGUUUGUAGACAUGCACUGUAAUUACGUCAUUUCUCUACACUGCCAUUAUUGUUGUGAUUAGCCAAAACCGCUGCCCCACCUCAAUUCCCGGAGCAACGCUUCAUCUCUCGGACACACGGAUUAAAUUCAGACACACACAGCCGAUGCCUGCGAUGCGGUCUGAGCGUAUCGGUCCUUUAGCGUCCAUCACAAUAGCAAAGACUCGUUUGUCACUUUCUGGCUGCUGAUGCAAAUAUUCCUGUAAAUAUGUGUUAUUUUAUUUUUCUCUUGACAAAAUAUUCAAACAACCGCAGACUUAUCUUCCAAAUUCCUCCUUUAGUAACAUGGCAACGUAGAGGUCGUUAAAAUAUUAAACAUAUAAAUCAUUGAAAUGUUUCAAAAGCUGGGUGCUAAUGUUAUUAUAGCAAGAAUGAAUGCUAACUGUGAGGGCAUUAAUGUUAUCACCAGCAACGCUAAUCAGUAAUCAAUAACGUUAACACCACUGAUGUCAUUUAUGUUAUGAUCAUUGCUGGAAUUUCAUUCUGAAGAGACUUAAUGUGUCUUGAAAUUAACUGUAGGUCAAAUGUCAUUUAUUCAGCAAGCUUCAUCAAAAAAAACUGAUCUUUUUUUAGGCAGGUUGAGGUGUGUCUACAUUUUAUUUAAAAAAAAAUCAGUAUAUAUUUUUAUUUUUAAUCACUGAAAAUGCAAAAGAAGCAGAACAUGGACUGAAUUGUGUGUCUACCACGUCUCUGUCCUAUAUUUCAACUUCUAUCAGAUAUCAGAUGUGGCUCAUAAUUUGACGAUCGGGCUUCGGAUACUCUGUAUGUCUACGAAAAAGAUUCACUGAUGGAUUUGAUGUACAUUCCAGUAGGUGCCGUUUGUUCACAGUGACGAGCCUGAAGUCGCUACCUCUUCAUGUCUGCCGUUUGUUGACAGUAUGCCGUUUAUUUUGAUGCCUCUUUUUGUAACUUUCAGAAGGAGUCGCAUGCCAUGCGGAUCCCAUGUUUAAUUUCUCUGCCUAACUUAAAUUAAUAAACUGAUUUAGAUUGUG